AUGGAAGGCAACGCCUUCUUGUUUCGUGUCCCAAACUCUGCCACAAGAAACCGCAUUCUUGCUCAAGGUCUAUGGCAAAUUGAGGGCCAGACCAUGUUUGUAGCAAAAUGGAAGCCAGGACCUACCCCGAAGAAACCUGAGCUCUCUUCCGCCCCUGUGUGGCUUGAAUUGAGAAAUGUACCUUACCAGUUCUUCAACCAUGAUGGUUUUGAGUUUAUUGCAGGUCUUGUUGGAGAGCCCAAAGGGCUACACCCCUCAACAGCAAAUAUGACUAAUCUUGAAGUGGCAAAAGUCUUCACGCUUAUUGAUCCCCGCAAGCCUCUUCCGGAAGCAGUUAAUGUUCAAUUUGCCUCGGGAGAAAUCUGUCGCAUCCUUGUGUCCAGCCCAUGGAUGCCUCCUGUCUGCUCCUUCUGUAAAGAGGUGGGGCACAACCUUAAGCAUUGUAAGCUAGCUCCAAUUGUCUGUUCUGCCUGCAGCUCCGCGUGCCACUCAGCUGAAGAAUGCCCUCGUGGCAAGGCCAAGUCAAAAAAGAAAUCUACAAAGAAAAAGGAAGCAGUUGUCGUCCCUGUGACCUCAUCUUGCUCUCCUGUGGUUGCUGGCGCUGCCUCAGCCCAUGACAAAGGUAAAGCGAUAGCAGUUCAAUCAGGUGCUGUUGUCCAGGUUCAAAAGUCAAAGGAGUCAACUGCUACCUCCUCUCAGUGGAUCCAGGUCAAGCCAAAGUCUACAAAGAAGCUUGGGGUAGUGGAUAAGCCCUCAGGAAGUCGCUCUAUUCCGGCUCAGGUUGUUGUUCCUGUUACUUCUGCCUUACAGAACCAUGAAGGCUCCCUGAGUAUAGACACUGGAAUCGAGAUGAUCCAAGCUGAGCAGGAGCUUUUGGAAUCUAAGAGUCUUGCUUCGGACUCUUCAGAUGUGCAAUCUUCUGAGGAUGGUGUUGAUCCAGAGGUCGAUGAAAGGCAGUUUUUAAAGAUGUUCUCACAGAGACAACAGAGGAGUUCCCGGGGCAAGGCCCCCAAGCAAAUCUGA